GGCAUUCUGUCCUGCACAACGCGCCAAUUCCUCCCUUCCCUUCCAGAUAUCCCUCGCCAUGGCAUCUCGGCGACUAGCUUCUAGCCUCAACGGCGCUCUUCGGAGCCGUGCUGCUCUACAGGCUGUGAGACCGGCUAAACGAGGUUUUGCAACCCCGGUUUCCACAGCUGCCACAACGCAAUCAACGACGCUUUCCAACGGCUUGACGAUCGCGACCGAGUAUUCUCCGUGGGCUCAGACAUCAACAGUCGGAGUUUGGAUCGACGCUGGUAGCAGGGCGGAAACGGACAAAACUAAUGGCACCGCGCAUUUCCUUGAGCACCUUGCCUUCAAGGGAACCAACAGAAGAACCCAACACCAAUUGGAGCUCGAGAUUGAGAACAUGGGAGGACAUCUCAAUGCCUACACUUCGCGCGAAAAUACUGUCUAUUACGCCAAAUCCUUCAAUGCCGAUGUUCCGAAGGCCGUCGACAUCCUAUCCGAUAUUCUUCAAAACUCGAAAUUAGAACCCGCCGCCAUUGAACGGGAGAGGGAUGUGAUUUUGCGUGAACAGGAAGAAGUCGACAAACAGCUCGAGGAGGUUGUCUUCGAUCAUCUCCAUGCCACCGCUUUCCAAAACCAGCCUCUUGGCCGGACCAUCCUCGGGCCGAAAGAGAACAUUCAAAGCAUCCAACGCCAGGAUCUUGUUGACUACAUCAAGACAAACUACACGGCUGAUCGCAUGGUGCUUGUCGGUGCUGGCGGUAUCCCUCACGAGCAACUAGUGAAGCUUGCCGAGCAACACUUUGGCUCCAUCCCGAGCCAACCCCCAACUUCGGCUGCAUCCGCAAUCGCAGCCGAGCAGAAGCGCCUUCCUGACUUCAUCGGCUCCGAUGUCAGAAUCCGUGAUGACACCGUACCAACCGCUCACAUUGCUCUUGCGGUUGAGGGCGUUAGCUGGAAGGAUGAUGAUUAUUUCCCAGCUUUGGUCACGCAAGCCAUCGUCGGGAACUGGGAUCGAGCAAUGGGUAACUCUCCGUACCUUGGCAGCAAAUUGAGCACCUUCAUCAGCCAUAACAACCUUGCCAACAGCUUUAUGAGCUUCUCCACAAGCUAUAGCGACACUGGUCUUUGGGGUAUCUACCUUGUGAGCGAGAAUAAGACAGCUCUUGACGACCUCGUCCAUUUCACACUCCGCGAAUGGUCUCGACUAUCCUUCAGCGUCACUCCCGCUGAGGUCGAGCGUGCUAAGGCCCAACUUAAAGCUUCAAUUCUCCUCUCCCUCGAUGGUACCACCGCCAUCGCCGAAGAUAUUGGCCGCCAGAUCGUCACUACCGGCCGCCGCAUGUCUCCUCAGGACAUCGAGCGUGCCGUUGACAAGGUCACUGAAAAGGACGUCAUGGACUUCGCUCAGCGCAAGCUGUGGGAUCAGGAUGUUGCCGUCAGUGCUUACGGCAGCGUUGAAGGCAUGUUGGACUACCAGAGAAUCCGCAACGACAUGAGCCGAAAUGCGGCAUGAAGGAAAAAAAUGUUCAAAAAUCCCCUUCUUUUGUGUCGUUUCCGUUGGUAGUGCCGCUCCCCGGCGAACUUUUCUGAUAGAUAGGCAGCAUGAUUGAUAGCCACGAUAUGUAGUCCAUCUUGUACAGUACUCGAGACCAUCCACUGAGAUA